AUGUCGACAGCAUCUUCAUUUCCUGAUCAAGUCAAAACUAGUUUGAUAAAUAUAUGUCAUCUAUUUACAACAUGUAUUCAACGUUAUGCUCUUCAUUGCAGUACGGAUGGUCAUUUUGCUCAAUUAAUCUUCGGUGCAGAUUUAGUUCGUGCUCAUCGAUCUCUAACAAACAAUAAUUCUCCUGCUGGUAUUACACAACUUCUUACCAAUCAUUUUGUUUCAUUUGAAGAAAAAUUAGGUACAAAUGUAAAAACAUUAGCAUUUUUUAUACGUAAUCUAUUUAUGGAUCAUUCUCUUAUUGAAAUGAAUACAUGUGAACGACGUUUAUAUUUAUCAAAUAUCAAUAAAAAAUUAUCUUCAAUUAAAUUUAUUUCAACAAAUAAAAAUAUUGUUAAAAAAGAAGAUAUUAACAUUGAAUUGUUAGUUGGUCAUAUUCUUGAUACAUUACCAAGAUUAAUCUUUGAUCGACAAGAAUUCUAUCAUGAUCUUCUUUCUCAUUUGGUUAAACAUAAUCUUGAUCGAAUUGAUGAUUAUCUUAUUUAUAAUCAACAAUUAUCUUUUGUUACAAUUGGUUCUUCAAUAAAACAAUCACGUUUAAUUGAUGGUAUACUUUUACCAAUUUAUAAUUCUCAUAAAUUACUUUCAUCAUUUAUUUCAAAUAGUGAAUUGAUAAUUGUAUUUUUAAAUAUACAAUCAAAAGAAUUUAAUAAUAAAUCAUCAUUAUUUACAAUAAUUGAUCAUAAUCAAGAAUUUAUUUCCUAUGAUACAUUAAUUUAUCGACAAUUUAUUAAAAAAUAUUUAAUAAAUGUUAAUUUAAUUAUUUCAUUAUCAUGUAUAAAUGAAUUAUUUCUUUUUGAAUUACAUCAAGCAAAUAUAAAUGUUAUUGAUUCAUUAGAUGAACAAACAUUUGAAUUUAUUUUAAAAGUUUAUCAAUGUUUACCAUGUAAUCGAUUAUUAAUUUCUGAUGAUGAAUCAAUUGAUAAAAUAUCAACAAUUUUACUUGAUCGGCAUGUUAUUGUUAAUCAACAAGCAUAUAUUUAUUUAUCUUCAAAUGGUUCUCAUCAAACACUUCUUUCUUGUGUUCCAACAUCUACAUUGUUUUUAACGACACAAAAAAUUUUAAUUAAUAUUGUUCGUCUUAUUAAAUAUAUUCUUGAACAAUUAAACAAAACAUUAUAUUUAUCAAUAUCAACAGAAAAAGAUUAUCUAAAAUAUAUUCAUGAUAAUAUUCCAGAAUUAAGACAUAUUUUAGAUAAUCAUCGUAUAUAUAUUGAUAAAAUAUCUAAUAGAAACAAUGAUAAAUUAUUUCCAAUAUGUAUUUUUCAAGAAUAUUUAUUAAAUGGAAUUAAUUUUCUAUAUUAUAUUAACAAAAUUGAUGGUAUAUAUAGUACUACGAGAAAAAUUGUAGUAGAAAAAUGUGAUUAA